GCUGAUCACCGGGAAAUGCAAUUGCCGGUUCUCGGAUGCACAGCACUUUCCUCAUGCUGUCAGAUCGUGAGGAAAGUACUGCUGAGAACCGGCAGUUAGAGCAGGGAUCGGCACCGAUCAUCAGGGCACUGAUGAUCAGUGCCCUGAUGAUUGGUGCCCAGCAGGGCCACCCACAAGUUCCGCCCACCUGUGCCCAGCAGUGCACCCACCUGUGCCACCCAGUCAGUGCCUAGCAGUGAUGCCAGUCAGUGCCCCCUAUCAGUACUAUCAGUACCCAUCAUCAGUGUUGCCUAUCCGUGCCGCCUGAGU